CCUCAACGACGUCGACUUGUCUUUCUCGUAGCGCACUCACUUUCACCUUCAUCACCUCCAUCCUCGAACUCGACCCGAAUCAAAUCCCAUCUCAAGCUACAAUACCGCAGCCAUGGCCAACGACGAGUAUGAUUUCCUCUUCAAAGUUGUCUUGAUCGGAGACUCUGGUGUCGGAAAGUCCAACCUUCUCAGUCGAUUCACCCGUAACGAGUUCAACCUCGACUCCAAGUCGACCAUCGGCGUCGAGUUCGCCACUAGAUCAAUCCAGGUCGACUCCAAGACGAUCAAGGCCCAGAUCUGGGAUACCGCUGGACAAGAGCGAUACCGCGCCAUUACUUCCGCUUACUAUCGAGGUGCCGUCGGCGCUCUCCUCGUCUACGAUAUCAGCAAGCACCAGACCUACGAGAACGUCACACGAUGGCUCAAGGAGCUGCGAGAUCACGCUGAUGCCAAUAUUGUCAUCAUGCUGGUCGGAAACAAGAGCGAUUUGCGACACCUGAGAGCUGUUCCCACCGAGGAGGCCAAGUCUUUUGCUAGCGAGAACCACCUGUCCUUCAUCGAGACGUCCGCCCUCGAUGCCAGCAACGUCGAACUUGCAUUCCAGAACAUUUUGACUGAAAUUUAUCGCAUUGUUUCUAGCAAGGCCCUCGACAGCGGCGAUAGCGCCCAGGCCACCAUAGGCGCGGGCACUAACAUUUCGCUCAGCAAGCCCGCCGAUGACGAUGCUGCAAAGGGUGGAAAGUGCUGUUAAAUUCUUUGCGGAACCGUUUGCAGACUGAUAUAGGGCUCUGGGGGUUUGGGAUACCUGGCGUCUCGUUUGUCCCCGAAAAUGCUCCUCGCCAAACGAGAGUGGAGGAGGCGAGGAAUCGUGAUACGUCUUUUUUUGAUAUCAGGAGGCGCGGUUACUUCGGCUUUCCUUUGUUCUUAUUUUCUUGUCAUGAUGGUUGUCUUGGGGUUGAUGCGUCCAACGAUCGCUGCGAUAUGGUCAUCUUAACGUAGCUGAAUGAAUUCUUUAUAAUGUUCGCCCUGGCUGCACGACACAGCAACACUUUUGGCCCUGCCCGAGUCAGACGCCACAAUCUCUUAACGCCUCCACGUCAUGCUGAUCAGGUCGGAUGCGAGCUCGCGAUUCAACAUCGAAUGGAUUGACUUGUUAGUGCUUGGCUCGUUCUCAGGGU